CUAGGAGGUUGGCCUUUUUCUUCUCUGGUGCUGUUCCGAGCCCGGGUUCCCCCGCAGCGGGCUCAGCUGGGCGGUGCCCUUGCCGCCCUGACGCCCCGAUACUGGGCAGGCGGUGUGUUGCGGGAACCAGUUUACGAAAUGAGCCUCUUUUCCUGAGAACCAGGAAGUAAGGCCGGCUCUGGGCAGAGAUGCUCCUGGCGUGGAAAGCAUUCUGGGCCUCCGCAGGAUUCUAAUUAACUUGUCACUCUGGCUUCCAAGAUUCCAGGAAAUUGGAAAGUUGGAGAGGGCUGUCAGGAUCAGGAACAGAAGAUGAAUAAACCCAUAACAUCUUCAACAUAUGUACGCUCCCUCAAUGUUGGACUAAUUAGGAAGCUGUCAGAUUUUAUUGAUCCUCAAGAAGGAUGGAAGAAGUUAGCGGUAGCCAUUAAAAAACCAUCUGGCGAUGAUAGAUACAAUCAGUUUCACAUAAGGAGAUUUGAAGCAUUACUUCAAACUGGACAAAGCCCCACUUGUGAAUUACUGUUUGACUGGGGCACCACAAAUUGCACGGUUGGUGAUCUUGUGGAUCUGUUGGUCCAAAAUGAGUUUUUUGCCCCAGCAAGUCUUUUGCUACCAGAUGCUGUUCCCCAAGCUGUUAAUACACUACCUGCUAAGGAAGCUGUAACAGUUCAGCAGAAAGAAAUGCCUCUCUGUGGCAGAGACAGGGCAUUUGGGUUACCUGUGCAGGAUCUUGAACAAAACUACACUCUACCUGACUCCUCAAGUCCAGAAAGUACAAGUCUAGAAGGCAGCAAUACGCGUUUUCACAGCUUUUCAUUUUAUGAAUUGAAGAAUGUCACAAAUAACUUUGAUGAAAGGCCCGUUUCCAUCGGUGGCAACAAGAUGGGAGAGGGAGGGUUUGGAGUUGUAUAUAAAGGCUACGUGAACAACAAAACUGUGGCCGUGAAGAAGCUUGUGGCGAUGGUUGACAUUAGUACUGAAGAACUGAAGCAGCAGUUUGAUCAAGAAAUAAAAGUUAUGGCAAAGUGUCAACAUGAAAACUUAGUUGAACUACUUGGUUUCUCAAGUGAUGGAGACGACCUCUGCCUAGUGUAUGUCUACAUGCCCAAUGGCUCAUUGCUAGACAGGCUGUCCUGCUUGGAUAAUACUCCACCACUUUCUUGGCACAUGAGAUGCAAGAUUGCUCAGGGUGCAGCUAAUGGCAUCAGUUUUUUACAUGAAAACCAUCAUAUUCAUAGAGACAUUAAAAGUGCAAAUAUCUUACUAGAUGAAGACUUUACAGCCAAAAUAUCAGACUUUGGGCUCGCACGGGCUUCUGAGAAGUUUGCCCAAACAGUCAUGACUAGCAGAAUUGUGGGAACAACAGCAUAUAUGGCACCUGAGGCUUUACGAGGAGAAAUAACAGCCAAAUCUGACAUCUACAGCUUUGGUGUGGUUUUAUUAGAAAUAAUAACUGGACUUCCAGCUGUAGAUGAACAUCGUGAACCUCAGUUAUUGCUAGAUAUUAAAGAAGAAAUUGAAGAUGAAGAAAAGACCAUUGAAGAUUAUAUUGACACGAAGAUGAAUGACACUGAUCCCAUUUGCAUUGAAACUAUGUACUCUGUUGCAAGUCAAUGCUUGCAUGAAAAGAAAAAUAAGAGACCAGACAUUAAGAAGGUUCAACAGCUACUGCAAGAAAUGACAGCUUCUUAAAACUUCACUGGAAGAGACUCUUGGUUUUUUGUAUACAGCUAUCUAAACCAUUUUUUAAACUAAAUUUUUGUUGUAAACAUUCUUUUUUACGUUAACAAGGCAACAUGGAGCAUGGAGUGUGGAACCCCCAACAUAUAUAUAGAACAAACAAAAGUAGAGCCACUGUACCAACCCUAAUCCCUGGCUUUUUAGGGUCACCCUCAGUUCUUGAGUAAUUGCCUUAGAACCUCACCAAACAUGGUCUGAAAACUAUAGAAUUAGUAACAAAGAGGACUGGACUAUAGGGUGAAAAGAUCUGAGUCUGAAGCCCCAACUCCACUACUAAUUUGCUUUGGGUAAUCCCUUAACAGCUUUGAGCCUUUGUUUUUUCACUGGUAAUGUUAGGCUAAUUAUCUACUGUGCUUCCCUGACAGGUAGUCAUGAAAAUCAAAUGAUACAGACUAUGUAUAAGCACUUUGUAACAUGUAAAGUGACGUUAAAGUUCAUAUAAUGAUGUUUAUACAAUCCAAUUACAGGCAUUUGUUUAUAGGA